AUGCUUUACCGUGAUAGAGAAGGCGGCCACGAGAGGAUGCUUCAGGAUUACUUGGCGGUGAAUCCAACAUAUGGCCCGGAAAUAUUCCGUCGAAGAUACAGGAUGUCUCGGGAGCUUUUUGUACGCAUAAUGAAUGCUGUUGAAGCACAUGAUGAUUAUUUUGUGUGUAAAUGGGACGCGGCCAAUGUUCUUGGAUUGAGUUGUUUCCAAAAAUGCACUGCCGCCAUGCGUAUGCUGAGCUAUGGGAUUCCUGCUGAUGCGACAGAUAAGUACGUUCGCAUAGGUGAAAGUACCGCACUUGAGAGCCUGAGGAGGUUUGUGACUGCAGUUGAUGAAAUUUUUGGAGAACAAUAUCUCAGAUAUCCCAAUGAGGCGGACACGGCCCGCUUACUUGCAAUUGGUGCAGAAAAAGGCUUCCCAGGGAUGUCUCCUUUAUUUGAUAACUUGGCUGAAGGUAGAGCUCCAGAAGUUAACUUUUCAGUUAAUGGUCAUGAUUACACAAUGGGUUACUAUCUUGCAGAUGGCAUAUACCCCACAUGGGCUACUUUAGUUAAGUCGAUCACUAAACCUAUGGGGAACAAGAACCAAUAUUUUGCCAGAGCGCAGGAAGGAGCGAGGAAGAUGGUCGAGAGAGCUUUUGGGGUUCUUCAAUCUAGGUUUGCCAUUGUUCGAGGAUCAGCUCGUAUUUGGGACACACAAACUUUGUCAAAGAUCAUGAGGGCUUGUGUGAUUAUGCACAAUAUGAUUGUGGAAGAUGAAGGAUUUGUGGUUGACCCUAAUGAACGCUUUGAAAAUGGUGGUGAAAAUGUGGAGCCUACUCAUGGUCAGCCAACUCGUACCCUUGAAGAAUAUAUUGAUGCGCACAGGAAGAUUAGAAACAAGGAAACACAUGAACAGUUAAAAGAAGACCUCAUCCAGCACCUCUGGAAUCAUCAUCCGGAUUUAUAUUAG